AUGACCCGCCUUAUGUUGGCGGCGCUCGCCGCCUCCGCGGCGGUUUUCUCAGCUGAGAUGGUUUCCGGUGCCUUCAUGCAUCCUGUUCACAAUGGAAAGAAAACCCCAGUGUACUCCAAGUCCAAAGCCCCGCCUCCUCCGCAAGAAAUCUGCCAGACAAUUCCAGUUCAAGUGGACUCCGUUUGCUUCGAAAAUGUCCCUUUUAAGGAGGCAUACGUUUGUCCCCAGGUCGUUGAGAAGCAGGUGUGUGAAAAGGUACCCGUGGAGAUUGCUGACACCUGCUACAAGCCCAUUACUGCCUUGGAGGCUUACGACUGCAAAAAGGAGGUGAAGAAGGAGGAGUGCAAAAUGGUGCCUAAACAGUGCUUCAAGACCAUCACGGAGCAUGAAGAGUAUGGCUGCGAGGAGGAACAGUGUGAGACUGUCGUAAAGAAGGUACCCCAGACUUGCUUUAAAAAGAAAAACUCCAAGGAGAACUACCCCUGCAUGAAACACAAGAAGCAGAAGGUUUGCCAGGAGAUGCCACAAGAAUAUGAGAGCACCUGUUUCCGCGAGGAAAGCCACCAAGAGCUUGUGCCCUGCAAACCCAAAGAGGAAAGCGGUGCUGUGAGCUUUGAGGAGAAGUGCACAAUGGUGAUGCAGGAGGUCGAAUCCACUUGCGAGAGACAGGUAAUGGCUCAGCAAGAGUACCCUUGCACGAAAAGGGAAAAACGCAGGGACUGCGAAGUUGUGCCUCAGAAGGUAACAGAAAUGUGUGAGGAAAUAGUGGAGGAACAGAAGCCUUACAAAUGCAAGAAGAAACAGAUGACUCAGAAAUGCAAGAUGGAGAAUGUCAGUGUUCCAACGAUGUGCGAGAAGAAAAAGGGUGAAAAAACGGAAUACUACGAGUGUGAGAAGAAGAUGAAGCAGGAGGUAUGCAAAGAUGUGGAAGAGAACGUCGAGUCAGUAUGCUAUCAGCUUGUCUCCUCCAAGCAGCAGGUUCCCUGCAAGAAGAAGAAAAUGGGAGAAGUCUGCGUGGACAGGGAAGUUGAGGUGCCCAGUACUUGCCUCCGUGAUGUUCCCGUAAUGGAGCCGUAUCCAUGUAUGAAGAGUGUAGAGGCACCUAAAUGCAUCAAGAUACCUAUGUGCCCCAGAAUCCACACGCAGAAGAAGGCGUACCCUUGCAUGGAAACAAAAAUGAAACAGGAAUGCCACAUUGAAGAAGUUCCCUAUGAGGAUACUUGCUCCCGACAGUUCACUGAGGAACAGCCAUACGACUGCAGCAAGGAAGUCAAGUCUAAAGAAUGCAAAAUGGUGCCUAAAGUAUGUAAGAGGAAGGUUUCGCGUGACGUCGCGUUUGAAUGCAACGAGAAGGUCUGUGAGAAGGUGUCUCAGCCACAGCUCUGCUACAAGAAAGUUAAAGGCAAGGAGGCAUACCCAUGCACGCGUACUGAAUACAAAGAACAGUGCCACAUGAAGCAACAGGUCCUCAGCAAGACGUGCUACAGCCAGGGAAUGAAACCCCAGCAGUAUCCUUGCAAGGAAACGAAGUAUGAGACCAUCUGCAAGCAGGUGCCUUCGAAGGCUCCUGUAGUGAUGAUCCCAACCCCUGUGAAGGAGAAGAAGGAGAAGAAGGUCAAGAAAUUCUAA